AUGGAAACCUCGGUAAAGCUCGAAACGCCCGCUUCAUCCCAGCCGGAAGCGUGCUGGAUCUGCGAGCUGCCGGCGCCCGUGCACGACCUAACCGCCGACCGAAAUGCCCAUCUGGCCAAAAAGCUGGCGUCGUUGACCAGGGGAGAUCUCAACCGGGAGCAUCGACGAAGUCUAUGCGGUGAUUGCACCGUGAAACUGAACGACGCGUACCGGUUUGUACAGCGGUGCGUUGAAGCUGAGCAACGACUUGGUGGCGAUCCGGAGGUGAAGGUUGAACAGGAGGAGGAUCACUUUGUGGAGUGUAUGGUGGAAAUCAAACCGGAAGAAGAGGAGGAACCGCUGGAAGCGAAGCUAGAUGGCGAGCAGGAAGAUGAGAGCGCGCAAUCGGAGGAAAGAAGGGGAUCGAGGAAAAGCGAACCGAAGGCCAAAACGUUUCAGUGCGAAACGUGCGACGCCACGUUCGAUGUGAGGAAGGACCUGCACCAGCACAUCAAAACUCACGGCAAACGGCGGUUCCCGUGCAAGCUGUGCGAUCGUAUCUUCGUUCGGAAGGCCACCCUGCAGGACCACAUGAACAAGCACGAGGGCGUUAGGAAGUACAACUGCGACAAGUGCGGCAAGACGUUCACGCAGCGCGCAAAUUUGAUCCGGCACGUGAAGAAUAUCCACCUCAACGAGAAGGGCUUCCCGUGCAGCUACUGCGCCAAGCAGUUUGCCUCCAAGAACAACCUCGAGGUGCACGAGCUGACCCACAUCACGGUGAAGAACUUUGCGUGCGAGCAGUGCCCGCGGGCGUUCAAAACCGAGGCCCUGCUGAAGCGCCACCGGAUUGUCCAGCACUUUCCGGAAGAGCAGAGUGGCACGGCCGCCGCCGCCGACCCCGAUGAAAAGGGAGCGAAGAAUCUGCCGCAGUCGCGGGUUACGGACACGAGGGAGUGAAAUCUGCCACCAGGAGCUGUCGAGCUACGCGGCGCUUCGUACGCACAUGCUGCGCCACUCGGAACCGGUCUUUAUGUGCAGCGCGUGCGGGAAACGGUGCACGACGAAGAACUUGUUGAAGCUGCACAUGCGAAGUCACUCCGACGAGCGCCCGUUCGCUGCGACGUCUGUCCCGGCAAGUUCAAGUGGGAAAGACCCUGCAGGAGCACAAGCUGAUUCACACCAAGGAGAAGCCGUUCCAGUGUGACAUUUGCGAGAAGUGGUUCCGUACGAAAACGCUGCUGAGAAACCACAAAUUUCUUCACACCGGGUUGCGGCCGCACGUGCGUUAUUUGCAACAAGGACUUCCGGUGGCGCUUCAAUCUUAACCUGCACAUGAAGGUGCAUCAGGGAAGGAAGCCGGAUGGGGCCGGGCCAGAGGAAGCCAGCCCAGCUACGUAGAGUUACGAAUAAAAGUUUGAGCGCGAAAACAA